AUGGGUCCUCAAGUUAAAUGGCCCCCUAAGAUGAAGGCCUCAGAGGCUAAUCGAAACCCCAAGCGGUGGUGCGAGUUCCAUAGUGACCAUGGUCACACUACGGAAGAAUGUAUAGCCCUGAAGAUGGAAGUCGCCGAGCUUCUUAAGAAGGGCUACCUAAGGGAGUUCCUCUCAGACAAGGCCAAGAACCUUCUAAAUAAAAAAGGUCCCGGUCUCCUUACCGAAGCAGCUCCCGCGCUGCCACAACAGCAAGGCCGGGUGAUCCAUGUCAUCUCAGGCGGGUCCGAAGUAAGCGGAAUCAGUAGUGCCGCUGCCAAGGGAAGUACUCGCAACGAUAGGAAUGGCCAAGAGGCCGAGGGUCCUAAGCGCCUGCUCCUCGGAACAUACAAGAUCAGCUUCACCGCAAGGGAGCAGGAGAAGGUCCUUGCUCCUCACCACAACGCCCUUGUCAUUUCACUUACCAUAGCAAACUGCUUGGUCAAGCGAAUACUGGUCGACAACGGAAGCUCCAGCAAUAUUAUCUUCCAUUCGGCCUUCGCCGACCUAGGGUUGGAACCUACGGCCCUAACUAGAAAGGCGACUCCCUUUGUAGCCUUCAGCGGAGAGGUUAAGCAAACCUUAGGAGAGGUUCUACUCCCAGUGUAUGCCGAGGGGAUAAAUCAGGCCACGAAAUUCCUAGUCGUCGGCUGCCCUUCAUCGUAUAAUGUGAUACUAGGAAGGCCUUGGAUCCACGACAUGGAGCUGUACCUUCGACUUUGCAUCAACUGGUCAAGUUUCCAACUCCCUGGGGCAUUAAGGCGGUCAAGGGAGACCAGGAAAAUGCAAGGUCCUGAUACCAGACUACCCUAA